AUGGAAGCGCCCAUUGCGUCGGCAGCCGCCGUCAUGGACCAGUUCGUCGAGUUCGUGGCGACACGUCUUGACGAUGUCUCGUACGGAUUAAGCUGUUUACGCAGCAUCUCUGGCGGCGGCGGCGGAGGCAACCUUCUCCAAGUCGCCGUCUCCGUCAUCGCCGUUCUCAUGUCGAUGCUCGUCUUCCGCGCCCUCGGCCGUUGCACCCGCUCCAGCAGGCCCGUCGUCUACGUCGUUGCGCCGCCGACACCGCCCUCGCCGCCGACGACGGUGGAGCGAGCCGUCGUCUGCAUCCCGGGCUCCUCGGCCGUUCAGUGCUACGCUCCCGCCACCGGCCAGUUCCUCGGCUUCGUCAACGCCUCGUCAUCGGAAGCCGUCGACAGCGCCAUCGCCGCCGCCGCCGGUGCGCAGAAGGUCUGGGCCGCUAGCUCCUUCGACGAGCGUCGCGCCGUCCUGCGCUCCCUUCUCCGCCAUCUGCUCGACAACGCCGAAGACAUCUGCCGCGUCGCCGGCCUUGAUAGCGGCAAGACUAUGGUCGACGCCCAGCUCGGCGAAGUCCUCGUCACCGCCGAGAAGAUCCAGUGGACGCUGAAGCACGGCGAGCGCGCCCUGCGGCCCAGCCGCCGGCCGACAAAUCUCCUCAUGGCCUUCAAGAGAAACACGGUUCGAUACGAGCCCCUGGGCGUCGUCGCCGCCCUCGUCAGUUGGAACUAUCCCUUCCACAACAUGAUGGGCCCCGUCAUCAGCGCCCUAUUCUCCGGCAACGCAAUCGUCGUCAAGGUCUCGGAGCAGACGGCAUGGUCGAGCGCCUACUUCCUCGAUAUCGCCCGCGGCGCUCUCGUCGCUCACGGCCACGACCCGGCCCUCGUCCAGACCGUCGUCUGCUGGCCUCAGACGGCCGCCUAUCUCAGCUCCCACCCCGCCAUCAGCCACGUUACCUUCAUCGGCUCCCGGCCUGUCGCCCACCACGUCGCCACCAGUGCCGCCAAGAGCCUCACUCCCGUCGUAGCUGAGCUCGGUGGCAAGGACCCCUUCAUCGUUCUCGACUCGGCUGCCAAGGACCUCGCCCGAAUCAUCGAUAUCAUAAUGCGGGGUACCUUCCAGGCCGCCGGCCAGAACUGCAUCGGGAUCGAGCGUGUCAUUGCCUCGGGCGCCGCCUACGACCGUCUCGUUGCCGCCCUCGGGCCUCGCGUCAAGGCCCUUCGGCUCGGGCCCCAAGCCGACGUCGGCGCCCUAAUCUCCGAUGCCUCCUUCGAUCGUCUCGAGGACCUGAUUGCCCAGGCUGUCUCUCAGGGCGCUCGUCUCCUCGCCGGUGGCCGACGAUUUGCGCACCCUGAAUUUCCGCAAGGCCACUACUUCCAGCCGACCCUGCUCGCCGACGUCACCCCCGACAUGCUUAUCGCCCAGACCGAGUGCUUUGCUCCCAUUCUCACCCUACUCCGCGCCCCGUCAUCAUCCGCCGCCGAUGUGCUCGCCAUCGCUAACGCCCCCGAGUUUGGCCUCGGCGCCUCCGUCUUCGGCGCCGAGAGCGACCCCGUCCUCAGGCCCAUCGUCGACGGCCUCAAGGCCGGCAUGGUCGCCGUGAACGAUUUUGCCGCCUACUACGCCGUCCAAUUGCCCUUUGGCGGCGUCGGCGGUUCCGGCUACGGCCGUUUCGCCGGCAAGGAGGGCCUGCGCGGUUUAUGCAACAUCAAGAGCGUCUGCGAGGACCGUAUGGGCUGGCUGGGCAUACGAACGGCCAUCCCACCCGCCGUCCAGUACCCGGUCCCGAGCCAGCAGAAAGGCUGGGCCUUUACGCAGGGAGUCGUCGAAAUUGGCUACGGAGGUGUGCGAAGGAAGACCCGAGGGCUUGCAAGACUCUUGAAGAACAUGUAA